AUUCGGAGCGACGCCUCCAUCGCCGUUGCGCGCGCGUGAGUGAGCGCGACCCCGACGGGAAUUCGCGACUCGAGUUCCACAGCGACUCGAGUUCCACAACGACUCGUGGUCCAGAGCGACUCGUGGUCCAGAGCGACUCGAGUUCCACAACGACUCGAGUUCCACAGCGACUCGUGGUCCAGAGCGACUCGAGUUCCACAACAACUCGAGUUCCACAACGAAUCGAGUUCCAGAGCGACUCGUGGUCCACAACAACUCGAGUUCAACAACGACUAAAGUUCCAUAGCGACUCGAGUUCCACAACGAAUCGAGUUCCACAACGACUCGAGUUCCACAACGCAGAGACCGGGGGCAGGAGCACGGCGCUUUGCCGCGUGACGUCGGUAAGGAAACCAGAUAGAGCGAGCGAGAGGGGGGGAGAGAUAGGGGUGGGGGGGGACAGCGAGACGAGAGAGAGAGACAAAGAAGAACGACGGAUUCGGCGUCUUGGGAAGAGUUCGGGGAGAGCGUGAGACCCGCGCGUGGCCUCUCAAGCCCCAACGGAUCGCGCGGUAGCAGCGCAGCGCAACCCAUGGAGGUGAGAGACGUGAGGCUCGUGAUGGAGUCGCCGGCCAGCUCUCCGCUCUCGCCGCUCUCGAGCCCUCUCCCCAGCGAGGAGGACCCCGGGGAGAGGCCGGCGAGCAGGCGGGGAUCCCGCAAGCGACGCGCGAACAUCGCCGAGGGCGGUGCGGGCGGCGGGAAGCGAGGCAAGCGAGGAGGAGGUGGCGGUGGCGGCGGUGGCGGUGGCGGUGGCGGUGGCAUGGGCGUCUCGGGAGGAGCGGGUUGCGGUGGCGGAGUGGUGAGCGGCGCGGGUGGCGGAGCUGCAGCGGGCAGCGAGGGCAGCCCCUUGUCGGGCGAGGAGAUGCAGCAGCAGCGCUUCAUCGCGAACGUGCGCGAGCGGCAGCGCACGCAGUCCCUGAACGAGGCGUUCUCGUCCCUGCGCCAAAUCAUCCCGACGCUGCCCUCGGACAAACUGAGCAAGAUCCAGACGCUGAAGCUGGCGACGCGCUACAUCGACUUCCUCUACCAGGUGCUGCAGAGCGACGACGAAGGCGGCAACGGAGGAGGAGGAGGAGGCGGCGGAGGAGGAGGCGGCGGAGGCGGAGGCGCCGACGCCAGGCUCAGCGCCGCGUGCAGCUACGUGGCGCAGGAGCGGCUGAGCUACGCCUUCUCCGUGUGGCGCAUGGAAGGCGCCUGGUCGCUCUCCGCAUCGCAUUGACACGCCGCCCCGCGUGGAGGAGUGGAGCUCUCUGGUUCGUGGGAACCCCGAGGGAUUGAGUCGCGGCCACGUGUGGAGGAGAGGGAGAGAGGGCGAACUGAGACCUCGCUUUCCAAUGGCUCGCGUGAACUCACCCUCCUCGCUCUCGCCGCUGCUGCGCGUGAACGCACCCCCCCCCCCCCCGCGCCCCCCACCUCUCGGGCCCGGCUGCUGACCCGCGGUUUGCGCGUGACCUGCUUGCGCGUGACCUCGCAACGGACUCUGGAACCGCGGAAUUCUAGAUCGACGGAGCUAGUCGCGGCCAAGGUGUGGAGUGGACGAACUGAGACCCCCCCCCCCACCCAACCAACCAACCCCCGCCGUUCACUGGAAACAAAACAAGAGACAUUUGAUGAUUUUUUUUGUUCAGAGCGGAAACAAACAAACCAACAAAAACUCUGUCGAGCAAACGCGUCGCGUAUUUAUGUAAACUCGGGUGAGGUACGGAGGAUGCUCGGCCAACACAAGGAACCAGUCUCGUGGUCAUGCGAAUGAGUCCGAUUUAAACACAUCUUAUGUUCAACCGAAUAUCUGAGAAAUGUCUAUAUAUUUUAGUAAAUCCGUAUUGUUCUCUUCACUCCUUUGUUGCCUGUAAGCUUAAAUACGAACUAGACCAAGCAAAGUAUAUAUAUGUAUAGUGUGUGUGUGCGCGCUAUCUCACGCCAGCUGUACGCGUUGUAAUUUAUUGGGGAGGGAAGCUCUGGGCUUGGAACCCAAACUCUGUCUCUCGUCUGCUCUGCUGUCUAAUCCCGGCUCGCGGUGAUCCCGGCUCACACGGGGUGCUCUGCAGAAGAACCCAGAGUCUCUGAGUCGCGACUGCCAGGUGCCCUCUCUCUCUCUCUCUCGAUCCCGUUCGUGCUAAUCGUCUUGCUCAGUGGUACCAAGCGUUCAAUAUUCGUGGGAUAUUUAACAACAACAACAAAACAAGUUAAAUCCUCUCGAGUACGAAAUUGCAAAUGAAUGUGUUGGAGUAUUUUUUUCAGUGUUAUUAUUGUCGUCGUUAUUUUUUUGUCAUCGUUGUUGUAUUACGCAUUCUUGGUCAAGCCUAUGUUUACAUACAAAUAUAUAUAUACAUCUACA